AUGAAGUCUGUAAGGAAACUUCAUCCAAGCUUAGAAAUAAAAGCACAAAAGGAACUGAACGAAGUACCAAGUAGAUCCUCUUCAGAUGUCCUAGUUCUAAGAGAGUGGCUCAAAAAGCAGCCACACUUAAAAAACGUGAAUCCAUCGGAUCAAUGGCUGAUGGGAUUUUUAAGGGGUAAUAAGUUUAGCCUAGAGAGGUGUAAGGAGAAGAUUGAUUUUUAUUAUACUCUGCGAACUGUGUUGCCUGAGAUAUUUCGCAACAGAGAUCCGCUGGAUCCUAUAAUACAAGAUAUUCUACAAAUGGGAUAUUUUCUACCCUUCAAAGACACAGUAUCGGAUGAUGCUACCCGCAUAUGUUUUGCCAGGAUUAACGAGACCGCUUCCAGACGUGACAUAAUUAACAUUGUGAAAGUGUUUUUCAUGAUUGCUGAAAUACUUCUCUUGGAAGAUGACAAUUUCAUAAUAGCUGGGCAGGAUAUUCUGGUGGAUCUGGAAGGGGCCGGCCUGAAUAUUUUCAAACAAUGGACGCCGGCAGUAGUAAAGAAGAUAAUAACAAGCGUAGAUAAAGCUUUUCCAGUGAGAUUCAAAAGUUGCCACAUCCUACACACACCACCCGGAUUUGAAGGUGCAUUCGCCCUGUUGAAGGCUUUUAUUAGUGAAAAAUUAGGAAAAAGGUUUUUCGUACACAGUAAAAUAUCUGAAGAUAUAUACAACAUAUUCCCGAGAGACGUAUUACCCAAAGAAUAUGGCGGGGACAAUGGAACACUACAGGACUUAAUUGAUCACUGGAAAGCAAAGGUAGAAAUUUAUCGUGAAUGGUUCCUACUUGAAGACGAACAGCAUUCAGAUGAGUCAUUAAGGCUAGGUGAACCAAAAACGACAUCGAGUUUGUUUGGAGUGGAAGGAUCGUUUCGAAAACUAGAAGUUGAUUAA